GAUGAAGUGGAAGUGUUACUCUCUGAAGCUAACGAGCAAAUGUUUGCUAUAUUAGAUAACUUUAAAAAAAACAUGGAAGUUGAAGAAAGGGAAUCUGCCCCACAUCAGAUUGUUGCAGUUGGAGUUCAUUGGAACAGACAUAUAGAGCAUUUAAUCAAAGAGUUCAUGAACGACCCCUACAUUGUGAUCACGGCCAUGGAAGAGGCUGCCCUCUAUGGCUGCGUCCAGCAGGUAGUACAUCUUUGCUUGGAAUGUGAAAAAACUUCUACUUUACUCCAGACUCUUGAUUUCAUCCCAAGUCAGGCACAGAAGACCUUGAUCUUCACCUGUUCUGCAGCUGAGACAGAAACCGUGGUACAUACCCCUGCAGAGGUGGUAGAAAGCAAUUCCAUAUUUUGCUUGAAAAUGCAUAAAGAAAUGAUUUUUAAUUUAAAAAGUGUUUCACAACAGUGGAAAAAGAAGUUAAGUUCUGGUUCUCACAUUGUAUUAGCCCUAACAGACGACUGCAUCCCACUCUUGGCCAUCACCGAUGCCACGUGUGUUAUUCACUUCAGCUUUCCUUCCUCACCAAAAGUUUUCGGUGGACGCCUGCAUUGCAUGUCUGAUCAUUUUCAGAGCUUAACUGAACAGGGUUCUGCAGAACAGGGAGAUAAAAAGACCAAAUCUGUCUUGCUGCUAUCGGAGAGAAAUGCCUGCCACGCAGUUGGUGUCCUGCGCUACUUGGAGCGAGCAGAUGCCAAGAUCCCUUCAGAGCUGUACGAGUUUACUGCGGGGUUCUGGAAGCCAAAGAAGAUAGAAAAGCCAGAAGGCCUCUUUGUCCAUAUCUUAAGGCUUUGGUUUUUGCAA